CUUAACUAUGUAGCCUAAGCUGGCCUCAAUUUCACUGUCUUCCUGCCUCUACCCCCAUUCCUAGAAUUAGACUUCUGUCCUAGAAAUUUCAUUUUGUUAUCUCAAUUAGUAUAGUUAUAACUUUGAAGACAUUAUUUAAAUUUACUAAUUUUUGCCCUAUCCUCUAGUUCCCUGCACGCCUGGAGAUAAUAGGUGUGUUUUUCAGAACCCUCAGACCAAUGUUAAGUUCCCCUAUUUACUUUACUUCUCUUACUACAGAAUAAUCAAUGUUCUUAUUCCUAGACUGAGAAUCAUCCUGACAUUAUAAUACUGUUUCCUUACUCCAUUUUCUAGAACCCUCAAUAUCUUUAAUCACUUGUCUUAUUUUGUUUUUAUUUUUGAGGCAGUCUCUCUGUGUUGCUGAAGAUGGCCGCACACUUGCAUUUCUCUUGUUUAGUCUCCUAAGUGCUAAGAUUACAAAUCUUUGCCUAUAACUAAAUGCUCCAGAAAAACGUUUGUAGUGCCACCUCAUACCCACUCCUCUUAGAUUCCUAGAGCAGCACCUCAGUAUCUAUAUCACUUGCUUUAAUUCAUCAUCUUAAUACUGCAGCCAAUUUUUAGAUUUUUCUCAUCUUACACUCUCAAGCUCCCAGAUCUGCAUUGUAUUUCCCCCAAUAUUUACACUAAUUAUUUCAUAUUUCUUCAGUGUAAACCUUCAAAACAAUAUUAAUAAUUAUUCAUUUUCCUUCAUUUUCUGUAAAAUACAAGGAUACCAUAUGACCAACAUUAAGACAUUAACCAAAAUGCCUAGUGCCCCAUAUUCUUCAUGCCACCUCCCCAAAUAAUUCUCACCUGUGCUUUCUGUCCUUGAUAGUUCAUGGCAUAUAUUCCAGUUUCAUACAUUAGUCUUUCAGUUCAAACCUCCAAAAUAAUACCUCGUUCUGUCCUGAAACCACCAAGACAUCCCUGAAACCCUCCAAACCAUGUGACCUAAGAUACCUCAAAGCAUGUUUUCUGACCCACCCAAGCAAACCUUGCUAUCCCCCUCCUCAUGGUAACACCAGCUUCCUACUCUCUUCUCUAAUUACUGUCAGUUACUUCGUUUUCUUAUGCUUUAGCUUAAAUAUCCAGAAUGGUACUAAUAAUAGAACGUCACCUGUCCUCUUUUGUGAUAUUUCUGUCCUAGUCUAUUUUCUUGUUAAGAUAAGCAUAAUGAUAAAAAGGAAAGGGUCUGUUUCUCUUAUAGUUCCAUGUCCAUCAUUGAUGGAAACCAAGAGAAGAACUCAAGGCAGGAACCUGGAGGCAGAAACUAAAGCAGAGGCCAUAGAGGAAGACUGCUUACUGGCUUGCUACCCCAUGGAUCACUCAGUGUGCUUUUUCUUAUACUACCCAUGACCACCUUCUUAAGGGUGAUACCACCCUAAGUAUGCUAGCCCCUACCACAUCAAUCAGUAAUCAGUAAAAUGCCCCACAGACUUGCCUACAGGCAAUCUGAUGGCAGUACUUUCUUAAUUGAAGGUCCUUCUUCCUAGAUAACUAUUUUGUAUCAAGUUGACAAAAAGCUAACCAGAACAUUUGACCCUUUUUGUCAUCUUGACACUAUUAAAGUAUAAUUGUUAAUUUUGUAUUCAUCCCCAAGAUCUCAUGUUAAUAUCACUAUCACAAAACAAAACAUAAUAUAACUUUUGAAAGUCCUUUUAAACACUUCAAAGAUUCAAUGUCUCUAAAAUAUCUAGUAUCUCUCAACUGUCAGCUCCUAUAAAAUAAAAAAUAAGCACUCAUUUACUCUUACUUCAAGAGCAAAGAGCCAGUUACAGUCAAAUCAAAACAAGACCAAACUCUAGCAGUGUAUGUUAAAUCCUGGCACCUGAGACUCACUCAUGAUCUUUUAGGCUCCAGAGAACUUGGGCAGCUCCACUUCUCCAGCUGCACCAACUGCGUCUCCUGGCCUGAGUCUAGCUCCAUAUCACACUUUCACCAUUCUAAGUGGUGGUCCCACAGUCUUUGCUUCUCCAGUAGGCUGGGGUCUUCACUGCAACUGAGGAUGCACCUUCACCACUAGUCUCUUAGCCCCUCUGCAAGGACUCCAACCCUACCAUGUGGUACCGAGCCCCAGAUUCUCUCCAUGACCCUUUCAAGUUGGAACAUCUAUUGCAACUGAGGCUUCAUCUUCACCGGUGACUUCUCCUAGCCUCUCAAAGUACCAGGCUCUCCACAACCCCUUGGCAUGCAGCUUUUAUGCCAAAUACCAUGUGGAAGACUCUUCUUACACAUUGCCAAGUUCAAGCUACCAGCAUAAUAUGCAUCCUUGCCCCCUCUGGACCACAGGUUGUGUGUACUGACCCUGAGGAAACACUUCCUGAAAGAUUUCACCUCAGUGAUGCUGAUCUUUCCUUACUCACAGCUGAUUUUUGUCAGCCUCUGCUAAUCAGUGUCGAUUGUCCCAGUAAAGCAAAGAUUUCACUUCAGGAGUGCUGGUCUCUUGUUAAAUCACACUUGAUCCUUCAGUUCCAGGUAACCAGAAGUCACAGUCUUAAUACAAAUUAUCACAUAAAUGACCCCUAUAGAGGAGACUGAGGGGCUCUCAAACUUCCCUCUGAAGCUUCACAAGCCAGGCCUCCACCAUCUGCACUGCUCUAGAAUUAUCUUCCAAGUUCCCCCGGCAUCUCAUCUAAAGCUCUGAACAAAAGUUCCAGAUACUACCACAGCCAUUUCCAAAACAACAUGGUCAGGUCUGUCAUGGCAGUAAGCCCUCUCUGGUACCAAUUGCUGUCAUAGUGUGCUUUCUGUUGCUGCAAUAAACACCAUGACCAAAAGCUACUUGAGGAGGAAAGGGUUUACUUCAUCUUUAAAAAUCCACUAUCUCCUGCCAGUGAGAUGGCUUAGCAAGGUCCAUCAUAGAGGGAAAUCAAGAUAGGAACCUGGAGACAGGAACUGAAGCCAAGUCCAUGGAGGAAUACUAACUACUUACUGGCUUGCUUUUUAUAGCUUGUUCAGCUACCUCUUUUAUAUAGCCCAGGACCACCUCCCCAGGGAAAGUACCACCUACAACAAGAAAAUGCCUACUGACUGCCUAAAGACAGUCUGAUAGAGGCACUUUUUUCUCUUCUUAGAUGACUCCAGCUUGUGUCAAGUUAACAAAAACAAAUAACCAAUACACUUUUUCUGUUCCAUAUCAGCAUCACUAGCUUUUAAAAAUCAGCUAUCUCUGGCUUAGCAGGUAAAGGUUCUUGUUGCCAAGCCUGAGGACCUGAGUUCAAUCCCUGAGACCCACAUACUGGAAGGAGACAACCAUCUUCUGCAAUUUGUCCUCUGACCUUUACAUGUGCUGUGGCACUUAUACCCCACAAUCAAUCAGUUACCCUCAUUUCCCCUCCCCCCAACAGUCAGUCAGUCAAUAAAUUUUUAGAAAAGCCCUCUGUAUCAAUCAUGUUAUUCUCCCCAUCCGACUAUACUAAUUUAGUCUCUUCCAACAUGUACCAGUUACUUCAUUUUAUUAUUGCAGUCCUGUUAACAUUCCCAAAACCUGACUCUGUUAAACGAAGGUCCAUAGAUCUUACCUGUCCCUUAAAUUGGUCCCUGAUGAAAUGUAGUCAGUGGGAAAAGGGGAAUUAGACAGGUGAAGAUGAAUAACAGAAAAAGACUUAAAGAGAAAUGGGUGGGAGAGACACUAAAGAAAGAAUUGGUAAAGGGAGCCCAGAGAAGGAGUGGAAACUGGGGAGGGAUGCAGAGAGGGGGGGAAAGAAAGGAAAACAUAGACAGAGAUGGGAAGAUUCCACAAGCCUAAAAGAGAUGAGUGAAAUAGGAGAAAAUGGAAAGAAAGACAUCAGGAGAAGAGAAACAGCCCUCAAGACCCUCCAUUCACCCUGUUCUUCACUUCUCAGAAUAUCAUCCGCAAGGUGAGCGGCCAGAAGUUUGUCUACAAGUUUGUGUCCUACCCAGAGGUUGCAGGGUGCUCCACUGAAGACUGCCCACCCCAGCCUGAGGUGUCUGUAACCUCAGCCAUAGCCAUGGCCCCUGCUACUGUCCAUGCAGGCCCAGGGGACACUGCCACUGGAAAACCAGGAACUCCAAAGGGUGCCGGAAUGACAGGACAAGGUGGCUUAGCACGAAGCAGCCGGAAUGAAUACAUGCGCUCGGGCCUCUAUUCUACCUUCACAAUACAGUCCCUGCAGCCACAGCCACCCCUUCAUCCUCGGCCUGCCUCAGUGCUUCCCAACACUACCCCUGCAGAUGUACCAGCACCUGCCUCAGGGAGCAGGAGCACCAGUCCAAACCCCUUAGAAGCCUGCUUGGAGGCAGAAGAGGCUGGUUUGCCCCUGCAGGUUAUCCUAACUCCACCAGAGGCCCCAAACCAGAAAUCUAAAGAGUCGAGUCUGGACCCAAGUUUCGGCCAUCCACAGCCCCCAGAAGUCAAAGUGGAGGGGCCUAAGGAAGAAUUGGAUGCUGCAGGGGUUGGAGGCUUCAGUCCAGAAGCUGUCAAAGCUGAACCAGAAGUCACACCCUCAGAAGGCCUGCUGGCUCGGGUCCCAGCCAUCCUAACAGAGAAUACAGCACAGGUGUGUGGCCUUUCCACUUCCACCACAGAGAUCGCCCAACCCCAGAAGGGCCGGAAGCCUCGAGACCUAGAACUUCCACUUAGCCCAAGCCUGCUGGGUGGCCUGGGACCUGAACGGACUCCAGGAUCAGGAACAAGCUCUGGUCUUCAGGCACCGGGGCCAGCACUAACACCUUCCCUGCUCCCUACACAUACUUUGACCCCGGUGCUGCUGACACCCAGCUCCUUGCCCCCCAGCAUCCAUUUCUGGAGCACUCUAAGUCCAAUUGCACCCCGUAGUCCAGCCAAGCUCUCCUUCCAGUUUCCAUCGAGUGGCAGCGCACAGGUGCACAUCCCUUCCAUCAGUGUGGAUGGCCUCUCAACCCCCGUGGUGCUCUCCCCAGGGCCCCAGAAGCCAUGACUACUACCACCAACCCUUUUUUUUGAAGUCCAUCCAUCUAUGCUCCUGAACUCUCCAGUUAGCCAUCUCAAGGAGAAAUAGUUCAACUGACAAACUUAUGCUCUGGUUGUGGUGGGGUGGAUAUUCCUGGGAAAGAGAAUAUUUCACUUACUCUUCCACCCAAAACAGACAACUUCUUUCUUCUUUGCCAGCCUCUCAGUGGCCGCCCUUACACGUCUCCUACUUCAGUGGUGGGGCGGUUUAUUUAUUUAUUUUUUGAAGGCCACUGGGAAGAAUCUGGCCCAACCUUUUUAGGGGAGUGGGUAAGACAUCUCCCCCAUUUCCUCCCCAUUUUUUCCUAAAACAAGACAAUCAGGGUAUGGCUUGAGAAGAACCUUUAUUUAUUUAUUUCUCAGCCUGCCCUUGGGAAGUUGAGGGUGCCCUGUCUUUAUUUUGCGACUUGGGUUGAAGAACUAAUUUGUUUUGUUUUAUUAUUCCUGGCUGUAUCUGAGUUCAGGGAGCACUUGUACGAUUUAAUGGUUUGGGAGUGGUAGCCAGGGAAUCAGCACUGUUAAAAUAGGAAUUGCUACCUCCCCAACCUUCUUCUCAGUCAGCUUGUUCUUUUCUCAAGUAACCUUUUGGCCAGGGAGGACUAUUCCUUUUGUUGUUCUUCCCCCUGAGAAGCCAUUCCUUUGUCUGCCAAAUUUCCUGGGGCCCUACCUAUUACCUCCCAAUGGAGGGUUUUUUGGAGUGGUGGUCCCCGUCUGGGGGGCCCCUCCAGCUAGUACUCCAGGUCUCUGUCUCCCACCCCCUUCCAUUUUGAUAGUAUAAUCUAUUUUUAAAUGGGGCUUUUCAAUAGGGGAGAGGGAAACAUCUCUUCCUAUAUCGGAUGGGUGGGUAGGCGGGUGGGUGGGAAGUAAGGGAUUUGGAGGCAGUCUUCCUGCCACCCCCAAGUGUUUAUUUUUUAUACCAAACAUGUAUUUUCGGCUCCCUCCCAGCCCCCCAAUUUCCUGCAGGCGGGUACAAAGGACCCUUUUAAGUGUCCCUGGAGUUGGGAGGGAGGAAUGAGGGACAUGGAGCCUGUCUUAUAUCAAUCUAGGCUGGAGGGAGGUAGAUCAAAAGACUCCCAGGCUCACCUCCUGUCAGCACUGGCCCAAACCUGGCCGGAAGACCUGGGGGUUUGUGAUUUGGGGGACGGUGCUAUACUCGUCUCCACUAUUUGUUUUGCUUCCCCAAAAUGGAUCUUUUUUUUUUCUAAGAGUCCCAGAGAAUGGGGAAUUGUUCCUGUAAAUAUAUAUUUUUAAAGGUGUUGCUGAAA